GAAAUGUUGUCAUUUGUGACAUUUUUUAUAAUGAAAGAUGAUCUUCGUGUGAAAAACGGUUCCAACUUAUGUCAAACAAUUCCAAAUCCAAGAAAAUGAGAGAUGGUGCUCGUGUAAGUGAUAACGUCUAUGUUCAGAAGAAGAAAAAAUUUGAACCAAUUUCGAGAUCAAGAUAUGAUGAGGACUAUGCAGAUACAGAUCGAGAAUACACUGAAGAAAAAGGAGGCUGUUUUGACUUAUGCUACCCUAUAACGAUAUCGAUGCUGUUCCAAAAAUGGUGGACAAGAUUGGCGCUACUAGUCCAUGGACUACUUGGAGGCCUUGCGCUGAGCCACACACUGUACGUAAGCUCGUGUCUCAAAGAUGAGAAACCUGAAAACUUUGUGCAGUAUGGGGCAUACAGCGAUGCAUUUUUUGGAGUGUUCUUCGGCCUGUGUGUUCUCUGCAUCGUGUCAGUACUGGACAAAAUAGAUGUUGGUCAUAUGAUGACUAAAGACUAUUUAGGCGAGGUAUGGAGACAUAAAUGCAGCUCUAUAGCUCUAGUUAUAUAUUUAACGUGUUUCACUAUACAUCUGUGCACAGCGCAGUAUGACGAAAAACUGGCACUGUUAGCAAUUGAAGAAGAAAGGAACACGACUAGUGGCUACUAUCACGACAUGAGAUGUGACCUUGUACGGAGCAGGGUUUGUCCUUGGAACAGUAUAGUCAAGCAACCCACCUCGAGUGACAAAAGCAAACCUAAGCGAAUGGGGCACCUUAUCUCUAUGUAGAUCUGUCUUAGCGAUGGUUGCAUGGCUGUGCAUAGGUCUUGGACGUCAAGAAGAUAUGCUUUACCAUCACUUGGAAAACCUCAAGUCGUACCUGCCACAUUUUGAUCCGGGCGAUCAAGCGAGUGUCAUUUCCUGAUUUGAAUUCUAAUGUUUAGUCAGUACAAAUUAAUAGAUUCUGUACCGGAUUGCUAUCGUAUUUUUUUCCGAUCGACUUUCCACUGAAAUUAUGAAUCCCAGUGUUUUGAAAGUUCUGGAUUCUAAGUACUAUUGAGCAUGUGCCAAAUAGACAUUGGAUUGAGAAUCUAAGCACUCGAUUUAUCGAAAAGCGAGGUUUCAUUCAGAUCACAAAUGAGCAAGGAUUUCAGUGCAAUACGUUUUAUAAUAACUAGAAUCAUUGAUGAUAUACCAGAUGUUUCAAAAUCGACCAUCACCAUUGGUAUCUCGGAAGAGAGAGUCGGAGAAAACGGAAUUGCCACAAAAUCCUAUUAUUUGUCCC